AUGCUCUUUGGUACCACCCCAUUCAAGGGCAAGAACCGUAACGCGACGUUCGCGAGCAUCCUGCGCGACGAGGUCAACUUCCCGGAACACUCCCAUGCGACGCCGACAUCAAAUCUGUGCAAGUCCUUGAUCCGCAAAUUGUUGAUCAAGGACGAGACCAAGCGCCUGGGCGCUCGAGCUGGAGCCUCCGACGUCAAGACCCACCCAUUCUUCCGCACUACCCAGUGGGCACUCAUUCGUCACAUGAAGCCGCCCAUGAUUCCCCACCAGGGCCGUGCCGGUACCGACACGGUCAACUUCCGCAACGUGAAGGAGAGUGGUAGUGUUGACAUUGGCGGCACCGAUUCUACCAAAAUGAAGGGUGUUCCGAUGGACUCUGGACUUGCAACGCCUAAUGGCGAACUCAACGAUCCCUUCGAAGAGUUCAAUAGUGUGACCCUUCACCACGAAGGUGACCAGUAA